AUGAGUAUAGUAACAGAGGUUGAAUUACCAAUUUUUCCUUUCGAUGUUUAUAACGUUAGUACAAGAUCUUUAGUGAAACCUGUGGAUCAUGUAAUUUCUAUUAGCGGCAAGUCAGGCUCAGAUGGUCGUUCUGGUACUAGUGGUUCAUCUGGGAUUCCUGGUACUAGUGGUUCAUCUGGGAUUCCUGGUACUAGUGGUUCACCUGGGAUUAUUGGGUACCGUGAUGCGACGAGUGGUUGUGGUAGUACAGGCGGUAAUGGUAGUAAUGGGUUUGAUGGUCAUUCAGGUCAAUCUGGUACGGAUGCUCAACAUGCACUGAUUUGGUUAAAAGGAACGAUUGAAAACUUGAACUUGCAACUGGCAACAUUUCAUAACUCAAAUAAUCCAUCGAAGGAUUCCACUGAUAUUGACUGGAAUUUCGCUCAACUGCAUGACGAUGUCAAUUAUGAUUUUCGAUUGGCUAAAUCGAAGGGGAUCAUUCUUGUGAAGGCUGUAGGUGGCAACGGAGGAGAUGGAGGGCGAGGAGGUAACGGAGGAAGAGGAGGGGAUGGAGGAUCUGGUGGUCAUGGUUAUAAUGGCCCAUGUGGAUCCAGUACUUGGAUGGAAGGUAUUAAUGGUGCCGACGGAAGUGAUGGUGGACCUGGAGGUAACGGAGGGGAUGGAGGUAACGGCGGUAACGGUGGAUCCGGUGGGAAUGGAGGAAAUGCAGGCGCCGGUGGUCAUGUUCAAGUUCGCAGUAGAGAUUCUCGAUUAUUCAUGUUAAUUGAGUUGGAUUGCCGGGCAGGCACAAAAGGUGAAGGUGGUCAAGGUGGCAGCGGUGGCCAAUUUGGUUCUCGCGGUUCCGGUGGAGCUGGCGGUUCCGGUGGAUCUGGCGGUAGUGGUGGACCAGAUGGUCGCAGCGGUAUGAAUGGCUCUAAUGGUAGAUCUGGAUCCUGUGGUAGUAGUGGUUCAUCAGGUAUAAGUGGUUCCAAUGGUCGUAAUGGUCGUGCUGCAAUGGAUGGCUCAAUUCAAUACGCUGUGAUCGAUAUAGAUGGUAACAUAAUUGAAACUAGUUCUGAUAAAUAUCAUGCUAGUGUCAUUUGUUAUACUAUUACUGACCAAAACAAUGAUGGAAUCUACGAGCCCGACUCAGAUUUUCAUAUUACAGAUGUUAAAUGGGCAAAUAACGGAGCAAUGACCUUACCUAGUGGAUCUUUAUUAUCAUUUCCAUCUACAGAAUAUAUUUCCACUGAUAUAAAAGAUGUUAGUGUAUUGACAGGUGCUAAUAUUAAUCAAGUUUUACUCGAUUCUCAUCGAUUUAAAUGUCAUAUCAAUGCUACAUCGGCUCUUUCAAUUAAUCAACCGUUCAUUCAAUCCGUAAAAAUAACAUCACAAAUUAAUCUACUAAAUCGUUCAUUCAACGGUAGUGAAGUUUCAACUAUGUUAACCUGUCAAUAUCCAAUUCAAAUAGAAAAUAUUGAAAUUCCAACUCACCUAGCGCCAAAUGAGCAAGCCGUUGUGACAGUAAAAUUUGCUAAUAUUUCUACACGAUCGUAUGGUGUAUGUCAAGAUUCAGCUGGUCCAGUAGAAUUUAUAUUCUCCACUCAUUCUUUAAUUAAAUUUUUGCCCAUGAAUGAAAAAUAUGGUUACCAAAUAAUGCCUGAUGGACGAACUUAUUAUAAAAUUAAUAAAGAAAUCUCACCUAAGUCAACAGAACUUAUUAAAUUUAAAAUUACUUUACACGACAAAAGUGUUAAUCAUUACUAUAAAAGUUUAUUUUGGGAUAUUGAUUUACUGUUACGUGACACACAAAUUGAAAAACGUAGAAAUACCACUGAAGUUGUACCAAUAUUUACACCAAAUAUUCAUACUGAUGUACUUCUUGUUACAAAUUCUAAAUUUAAGCGAGCGGAGUUUCUUGCAUAUCAGAAUCUAUUUAAGUUAUUUAACUAUUCAAAUCAAAUAUGGGAUAUCAAACGAUAUGGUGCAUUUCAUCAUCCAGAAAUAAAAUGGUUGAAUACAGCAGAUUUAAUAAUCUUUAUUUAUUCAAAUCCUGAAUCAACAUUUCGUAAAAUUAAAUCUGAUUUAUUUUUACAACAUAUGAAGUCCUCUAAUAAAGCUGGUUUUAUUUGUAUCGGUAGUGGACACCCGGAUGAAUUGGAUUUCACUUUAUUCGAUUACGAUAAUUUACAAUUUAUUGAUGAAAAGCAACAAACUAAAUCUGAAGCGACUAAUCAUCGUUGGUCGGGCAUUGGAUUUAGAAGGCCACAUACCAUGGAAUUGAAUGCGAAAGCUAAUAAAAUUAGAACAAAUUAUGAAAAACAAGAAGAUCAUAGAUUUUUAUAUCAAGUAGUAUAUGACAAUACAAUAAAUGAAGAUUCCACACAUUUUAUGAAUGUUGUUUAUGGUAAUAAAUAUGUAUAUAAAUCUACUUUAGAUUCUCAAAUCGGUAAUCGAGUAAUUAUGGUCACUUGUGAUGAUCCUCGGUUAACCAAAUCUCAUGUACCUUUCAUAUUACAGGAUGAAGUAAAUACAGAACAACACGAUGAAAUUGUACUACAUUCUCACGACUGUAAGAUUGUAGUUGAUGAAGUAUAUAAUGAAGCUCAAAGUCAAAGGACUGUCCAAACAAAAAUAUAUUUGACUUCACAAUUCGGUAGAUUGUUAUGUGCCAUUUUAUUUUACCGAGGAUUCGAAAAAUCUCAUUUGAUAAUCAGUGAAAAAUGCGAAUUAGCGAAUUGUAUAUUCACAAAUUAUUCAAAUAGCUAUAAUUUCAAUCAAAUUCUAGUUGGUCUUGUUAUGUCGAUUAUUGAGCGUGAAUACGAUCGAGAAAGUGUCGAAUUUCAGUCAACAGAUCAAUUAAUGAAUGAAAUCGCUAGUGUAAUUAAAAAAGAAAGUAAUACGGCAAAUAAACAUAGUACAGACAAGAAUAAUUGGUUGUAUUUAUUAAUUCAAUCAUUACAUGAAUAUAUUGAUAGCAAAUUCUGGAGUUCUUUUCCUUGGUGUGGUUGCACAAAUAAAGCAAAACAACUAUUUAAAUUACAGGCAAUUUUAAGUGAUUUACAUUCAUACUCAACUAUUGAAAUUUGUAAAAAUAAAGAAAUGUUCGAAGCAGUACGAAUUUUAAGAUUACAAAAAUUAACAAAUUUAAAAUUUCCAGUAGCUGACAAAAGAGAUGAUUGUGCUCGAUCAUUAGUAGAAAUUCAACAGUGGAAAGUGGAACAAAAAAGUAAUGAAAUAAAAUCAUCAAUUACAUCGGACAGAUUUUGA